AUGGCGAGGACCGGCCCGUUCAGGCCGCUCCUCUGCAUCAGGACCCGGAUGAACAGAUCUCUGCUCAUCCGCCUUCUUCUGCCACUUGUCGAGUGUCUUCAUCUCGUUUUUGUCGAGAACCCGAACGGCCGUGAUGCCCGUGACUUUCCUGGGCACCCGGACCAGCUUGAGCCGCCACGCAAGGAUGAUUCCGAAGUUUCCCCCGCCGCCUCCCUUGAGGGCCCACAAAAGGUCCGGGUCGUAAUCUGCGACGCUGGCGACGACUGUGCCGUCGGCCAUCACAAUCCGAGCGUCGAUCGCGUUGUCAAUUCCGAGCCCGAACUUCCGCAUCAGGGCACCGUAGGCGCCGCCGGUGAUGUGUCCCCCGAUUCCGAGGCUCAUGCAGAGUCCCGCGGGGAAGCCGUAGGCUCCCUGCGUGGCGCUGGCCGCGCGGUAGUAGAGCUCGCCUGUGGAGACCCCUGCUUGGACCCACGCGGUCUGGGUUCGGGGUUCGUAGGCGAAGUCUCGGAGGUUUUGGAGGUCGAGGACGACGAAGGGUUUCUUCAUCAACGAGACGUAGGAGAGGCACUCGUAAUCGUGGCCGAGGGAUCGUAUCCGGAGGUCGGCUCCGAGGCGGCGGGAGCAAUUGACGGCAGCCGGGACGUGGGACUCGUCGUUCGGGGCGAAGAUGAGGAGGGGCUUCGGGACGAAGGGUUCGCGGCACCGGAGGUUUUGGGCGGUCGAGCUGAGCUGGCGGGCGAACGAGGCUCGGUCGAUGUCCGGGGCAUAGACGGUCGAGAACUGGAUAGGGGAGUGUUCGUUGAGACAUCGGAGGAGGCGGCGGCGGUGGUGUCGGCCGCCACCACCACGGCGAGGCCGGAGGUGCCGGAGGGCACCAAGAACAACGGUAAGCGGCCGCCGGAGACAAGAUGGAGGUCAAGUUGCGACAUUUGA